AUGAGGGUUCAGGUCCUGGACAACGGCAACGUGGAAGAGGAAUGUGAUGAACGGACAGAGGCCAGCGUGAACGAAGAAAUCAACGUUAAUUUGAACGAAGUGGUGAUGCUCAAUUGUCUGAAACCUUCCAACCUGGCCACCCUCAUCUGGACUUCACCUCAAUUCAAAGUCCUGCCAAAGAAACUCUUCAUCCAAUCGGCUGAGGGCAGUCUGAUCUUCCAUGCCAGCACGACCAGCUUUGGGACCUACCGCUGUGAAGCAGUGGAAAGCGGGCACAAGCAAGUGGUCAAAAGCUAUUAUGUCCGACAGAUUGGUUCUCCACAUCCCAGAAGCCCCCCUCCGGAGGUCGACCAUAUGUCUGACAUCAAAGAAGAGUCUGACGAUGAGAGCAUAAUGACCGAGGAACCGAUGACCUCUGUGAUGACACCUGUAGGAGACCCAGAGGACAACCUGACACAGAACAAAGGCGCUGAAUCCACUGUGACCAAAGACAAGGCCAAAACUAACAAUGAAGAGCCUACAAUUAAAAACACGUCUCAUGGUGGUGGUUUGGACUCUACAAGAGAUGUUCAGUACUGGAAGGAACCGCUCAACGCUCCAACAAAGAGCUACUACAGUGAGCUGGUUGUUGUUUCUCUCCUGCUGGCAGCCUGCAUUUUGAUCCUGAUGCUUGCCGGGCUCCACGUGUGGCGCCAGAGGCAGAAAAACCCUAAACUGGAAGGUCUCAGCAGUCCAGAGGAUGGAGGCAAGGUGAAUAAAUGUAUGGAGACUGUUCCAGCUCUGAGCUGUGCAGAGGAUGCUGGACCUGAGCUGAGGGUGUAGUAAUGCGGUUUUAAUGAUGGACAUCUUCAAUUCAAUAUUUACUGGUUCAGCUAAAAAGAAACAAAGAGAGCUUGUGUCAUGAUAUUUGAAGACACUGUCCAGAACAAACAGAUCCAGGAUGAGUUUAGUCGACUUUACCACAGACUGGAAAUGAGAGGAAAGUCUGAUUCAAAGUAAAACUCUAGCAGUUUGAUAUGGGAACUGAUUGACAGCUCUAUUUCACCAAGUUUAACAUUACUGUUAGCACAGUUUAGUUAAAGUAGCUAAUGUUAGCUCGUGGUUCAAUAAGCUCCAAACAUGGUGCUAACAUUACGUACAGGAAAUGGUUCAUUACAUCAGUACAACUAGAUACUAAAUCUUAUGAACUUAUUAAUAGGCAAGGCAGCUUUAUUUAUAGAGCACAUU